GCUGAUGAAGGCAGUCGGCCUGAUACAAACGUUUUCAAUUUUUCGCGCCAACUUGCCCCCAAGACGCGAAUAGUGAUAACUACAGCAGCCAAACGGAAAAGAAGAAAUUUUUAAUCACCCUAUUUUGAACUGGAAGAGUCCGCGUCCAACUCACGGCAUAUCAAAAUCAGGAGACUCGACGUGAACCGGGAGCUGAUCGAUAGAUGACAGUCAGCUGUGCAGCAGGCGGUAACGACGUCGCCAAGGGAGGCAACAACAACCCUGACCCACAUGGCAACACUGCAACAUGCAAAUCUGUGGCAAGAUGGCUGCACUUGUCGGAAGACGAGGCCGCCGAAGAUAGGAGACAUACCAAGGCAUUCAGCCCUUGACGUAGACCUGAUCAAACUGACGCAAAAUGACAAUGCCUGCGGCGCAGUUCCAUUCAAGGCGGCGACGCCCAAUACGCCGUUCGCCUUCCGGAUGCAGCCGACUCAGCCCGAUGUCAGUCGAUUGCUCGCGGAAGCUUCGCGGACGAUCCGAACGCCACCCGAAUCCCAAGCGAAGGCGGCCGAAGUGCGUCGUCGGGAGACCGGCGAUAAUGCAACCCGUCCCAAUUUGAGGAAAACGAAUUCUGUGAUAGAAAACUCCGUGCCUUCCCUCGCCUGCUUGUCGGAAGACGUGUCAAAGAUGCGGGUUCAGGGCACCAACAGCAGCCACAAACUUUUUGUACAAUCCAUGUCCUUAGGUGGUCCAGACACGACAGCGACGAGACCCAUCUUCCCGAACUGUCCCUAUUCUCCUUAUUGUAGUCCGACCAACUCGCCUCGCAGCAGCAGAAAAAGGCAACCACUUAGGGAGUCGCGAAGGGUCUCGAUCGAGAAAACCGAGACCUACUUGCAACUGAAUCAGUACAAGUUGCUCGAUUCAAUUGGACAGGGAUCGUACGGAGUGGUGAAGUUGGCGUAUAACCAGGAGGAUGACUCCCAUUACGCAAUGAAGAUCCUGUCGAAGAAGAAGCUGUUCAAAAAAUCGGGCAUGUUCGGCCGUCUGCCGCCGAAAAAGGAUGGCCGUUCGAAUGCGUCGCCCAUAAACCACCCCCUAGAGAAAGUAUACCGAGAAAUAGCCAUCUUGAAAAAACUGGACCAUCCCAAUAUCGUUAAGUUAGUCGAGGUGUUAGAUGACCCUGACGAGGACCACUUAUACUUAGCUUUCGAACUACUAGAAAGGGGCCAAGUUCUUGAAAUCCCUACGGACAACCCCUUGGACGAGGAGAAGGCCUGGGGUUACUUCAGAGACGUCGUUUUAGGCAUAGAAUAUUUACACUUUCAAAAGAUAAUACAUCGCGACAUAAAGCCGGCCAAUUUGCUAUUGAACGAUCAGGACCACGUGCAGAUCACCGAUUUCGGUGUGUGUAACGAAUUUCACGGUUCAGAUGCGUUUUUGUCCAGCACCGCCGGCACUCCCGCGUUCACUCCGCCCGAAGCUCUUGGUGAGCAACGAUCGGCCGGAUUUAGUGGAAAGUGUUCCGACAUAUGGUCAAUGGGGGUGACCUUGUACGCGUUCGUCUACGGUCACGUGCCGUUUCACAAUGAUAAUAUCAUCGGACUCUACGCGAAGAUCAGGCACCAAGACGUGGUUUUUCCGGAUACGCCGACGGUCUCGUCGGAUCUCAAAGAUUUAAUCAAGAAAAUGCUGGUCAAGGACCCCACGCAGAGAAUUGCACUUUGCGAGAUCAAGAAACAUCCGUGGGUGACAAAGCAUGGUCUGUAUCCCUUGCCGUCUGAAGAAGAAAACUGCCAUCUGGUGGAAGUAACGGAAGAAGACGUAGCCAGGGUCAUAACGUCGAUACCCAAGCUGGAUACGCUCAUAUUGAUAAAACAUAUGCUCAAAAAACAUUCUUUUCAGAACCCUUUCUUGUAUCGACGAGAGACCACGUUAGGUACUUCCGAUACUCGAACUUUGACGGGAAUUUCCAAGAAGCACAUAGGUCGCUCAGGAAGGUCAAACUCGGCGCCGGAUUCCUACAGUUGGUUGCCUCACAGACAGGUUUCGAUAGAUUCAUCGUUGGAGUCUGUGUUGGAGGUCAAUACAGACCAAAACUUAACAGAAUCGACCAUCAUCCCUCCAAAAACGCAAAGGGGAAGGCUAUUAGAGAAAAAAUCCACACCAAAAGUCGUUAAUGGAGAUUCCAAGCAAACCGUGAAUUUAACUAGAGCCAAAGACUGCAAAGUAGACAAAACUACGCCAAGGCGGUGAUAGAUCUUUUUCCAAACAUGCUAAAAUUUUCAAUUUUCUUUUAAUAUUAUUUUUGUGGGUUUUAUUUAUUUGAUUAAAUGUUUUUCUUUAAUUAUGUUUGUAAUGUUCUGCUAAAUUUCAAACGGGACCAGUUUUAAUCAGUUUAUUAAGAUAAGAAAACCUAAUGUAUUGCCUUGUGUGGUAGACCCGUGACGUCACAAUUUGACAUGUUGCGUGUAACAAUGAAUUGAGUCUGACACUUAAUCUCUUCCAGCGUUUUAGUUUAGAAAAACUAUACCAUGUCACUUCCAAUUAUUGUAGUGAAACCUGUUUAAAUGUUAUGUGAUCUUUGUAUAGUUUAAAUUGCUCUUGGCUAUAUAUUUUCUGUUUAGUUUUUGAAUUGUUUAUAUUUAUAAACUUUUUAAAUGUUGGACCAUGUUGAAUCUAUUUUUAAGCUCUCUUUCUACACUCAUACUUAAUAUGGCUGAUGCAUUAUAAUAGGUACAAAGCAAACAAGCACUCCAAAUACAGGAUGGUUCCAAUUAUAAUCAAGAAACUUUAACAGCGUAUUCGACAGAUAGAAAUAAUUUAAAAUCAUAUAAACUUAUGUCCGAAAUGCCUCGGGGUGUUGAAAUAUACCAAUCGUUUACUUUCAAAAAAACUUAUAAACUUGUUUUUGCUUACUUGUCAGUGGUUCAAAAAAAUAUAUUUUUUUUGCUAAAACCGUUUUUGUUAAAAAAAAAUUGUUUACAUUUGCACCUAAUAUACCAGGAUUGCAAAUUACAUUAAGAUAAUUUGUGCUUAUUAAGUUUUAUUUAUUUACAUAACAAUUCCAGAAAUUAUUAUAUUAUAAUACCAACGAAGUUUGAAAGCAAAAUCUCUAGAAGAUUGUUUAAAUUUUUAUUUUUUUCUGCUGAAUACACUGUUCAAGUUUCUCCAUUACAGGGGCUGCUCUAUAUUUUUAGCACACUGAAUUGUCGCCCAAAUAUUCAUAUUAAACCAAAGCUCAAUGAUCUCGCCUGAAAAUAUGUCGUUUAGGAAAGAUUUUAAUGCAGUUGUGACCAAUAUAAUUCUUGCCCAAAUAUGCUGUAUUAAUUUUUUAUUGGCAUUACAAAUAUAUUCUCCAAGUUACCCUACAAGUAGCACUCCAACGACGCAUAAAAUAAAUUAAUUAGCUUGCACCUUCCUUUGUAAUCUGUGCUAGUUUUAUAAAUAAAAACUUGCAAAGCAAA